UCCGGUUCCGGAAGCGGCGGCGCCCGAGACCCCUUGCACCGAGGACCCGGGAGCCUCCGCGGAGGUCGGAAGGAAUUUGGGGGUCCCGGGGGCUUCGCGCGCUGCCCCGCCGCCGACAUGGCCUGGACCAAGUACCAGCUGCUCCUGGCCGGGCUCAUGCUCGUCACCGGCUCCAUCAACACGCUCUCCGCCAAGUGGGCCGACAAAUUCAACGCCAAGGGCUGCGGAGAGAGCCAGGAGCACCCGUUCCAGCACCCCUUCCUCCAGGCAGUGGGCAUGUUUCUAGGGGAGUUCUCCUGCCUGGCUGCCUUCUACAUCCUGCGUUGUCGAGCAGCAGGGUCUCCAGACAGCAGCCUGGAUACCCAGCAGCCCUUCAAUGCCUUUCUUUUCCUGCCCCCCGCCCUCUGCGACAUGACCGGGACCAGCAUCAUGUAUGUGGCCCUGAACAUGACCAGCGCCUCCAGUUUCCAGAUGCUGCGGGGCUCGGUCAUCAUCUUCACAGGCCUGCUCUCAGUGGCUUUCCUGGGACGCAGGCUGGCACUAAGCCAGUGGCUGGGCAUCGUGGCUACCAUCGCGGGGCUGGUGAUCGUGGGCCUGGCCGACCUCAGUAGCAAGCACGACGACCAGCACAAGCUCAGCGACGUGAUCACAGGGGACUUGCUGAUCAUCAUGGCCCAGAUCAUCGUCUCUGUCCAGAUGGUGCUCGAGGAGAAGUUUGUUUUCAAGCACAAUGUGCAUCCGCUACGGGCCGUCGGCACGGAGGGCCUCUUCGGCUUCGUGAUCCUCUCACUUCUGCUGAUACCCAUGUACUACAUCCCCGCCGGCUCCUUCAGCGGCAGCCCCCGAGGGACACUGGAGGACGCUCUGGAUGCCUUCUGCCAGGUGGGCCAGAAGCCGCUCAUCGCCCUGGCACUGCUGGGCAACAUCAGCAGCAUCGCCUUCUUCAACUUUGCGGGCAUCAGCGUCACCAAGGAGCUGAGUGCCACCACGCGCAUGGUGCUGGACAGCCUGCGCACCGUGGUCAUCUGGGCGCUCAGCCUGGCGCUGGGCUGGGAGAGCUUCCAGGCGCUGCAGAUCCUGGGCUUCCUCGUGCUACUGGCAGGCACUGCCCUCUACAAUGGGCUGCACCGCCCGCUGCUCAGCCGCCUGGCCCGGGCCCGGGCCCCCACUGCCGCAGAUGAGGGAGAGCGUGAAAGACUGUUGGGGGAUCCCCAGGUGUCUAUCAACACCAGCUGAGGCUAACACUUCCCUGGACUGGGGAGCUUUAAGGGCCUGCCUCCCACCCUCCCUUCCCCCUAGUUGUCAUCACAUGGGAUGACAGGCCAUGCAAAUUCUCCUUGAUCACCCCUUGCAGACCCCACAAGCACCAGGGCACCCCCCUCCAGGCUUUCCCCACGUCCCCAGGAAGUGACUUAGCAGGAACUCGUUACCUGGAUGCUUCCGGAUCAGAAAAAGCUCAGCCUCCAAAGGGAAACUCAAACCAUAGCCUCGAGCAGCAGGUGGGACCCAUGCUGAACCUGUCUGCUGGCACCGGGACUCUGUACAGCCUCUGCAGCUGUCCCAGAGACCCUUGACCCUGGUCUUCUGGGAGCUUCUGAUUUCCAAGGAAGGUGUCACAGCCCUUUGUUGGCUGCACCUGGGCCUCCCUGGUCCUGUUCAGAGGUGCCCGAGCUCACAGUCCUGCCUGGCCUCCAUUGCGGGCACCUUCUAAGAGCUACCAUGAGCACCUCAUCUUCCCCUUGAAAGAUGGGGAGGCUGAGUUCUUUGAUCAUGGGGCCCUGCAGGCUGACACCCAGGGCACAGCUGAACCUUAGCUGAGCCCCACCCAGAUACAAUGCAGCCAGGGUGAUGGGUUGGCUCAGUACCCCAAGCUUUGGUUAUGAGGCUCAACUUCCAUCCUCUCUCAGGCUGAGGGGGCACAGACAGUCCUGGAGAGUUGCAUGUCUUGGAGCCUGAGUUCAUUCUGGGUCUGCCUGAUCUUGGUCUUAAAGCCCUACCUGCCACAUAGUCUCUCUGGGGUCUUUGGGGACUUAUCAUGUAUUGUCCUUAAGUCUCCACGCCCUACAGAGACAUCGGGUAAUGGGUAUGGGGUGGUGCUGGUGGCCAGGAAGCCUCCUGGCAGCCUUUGGUCCGUUUAUUUUUCUCACUCUGGCAGCUUCUAGGCAGCCAAGGCCUUAACAUAGAUGCUCAGAGGCAGGGCAGACAGUGGCUGCAAGCUGGAGGGAGGACAGUGGCUUCUACAGGCUAAGGGCAGAGCAGUGCUUGUCCCAAGAUGGGGCUUCCCUGGCAGUGGUGCCAGGUUGCCAGAAACAAUUGGAUACCAGGCUGCUUCAGUCAAAAUUGGGAGCUUGAAGAUGGAUUUGAAGCUUUUAAUUUUUUUGUUUGAGGGUGCACCUAAUGGUGCUCAUGGCUUACCUCUGGCUCCAUACUGAGGGAGUAACACCUGGUGAGGCUCAGGGGACCCUAUGCAGUGCCUGGGAUUGAAUCAGAGUCAGUUGCUUGGAAGGCACACGCCUUAACCCCUGGAUUCUUAGAUAUUUUCUUUUUUAUUUUGUUUUGGGGCCACACCUGCUAACGCUCAGGGGUUAGUCCUGGCUAUGCGCUCAGAUAUUGCUCCUGGCUCAGGGAACCUUAUGGGAUGCUGGUGAUUGAACCCAGGUCCAUCAUGGGUCAGCGAUGUACAAGGCAAACACCUUACUGCUGUGCUAUCACUUCGGCCCCAGAUAUUUUCUUUUAAGGCAGGCCUGUGGAUAAGGGAGUUAUAGAGAUUAGUGCAGGGAUUAAGGCACUUAUCUCGAACACCUGUUUGAUCCCCAACAUACAUGGUUUCCCUGAGCAUUGCAAGGUGUAGCCCAAAACCCCAAGUUUUAAAAAGCUGCAAAUACUUGCCUUUUGUGUGUUGAGUUGGGUGCCC